AUGAUGUUUACCGAUCUCCCACGGGAAUUGGAAUGGGAAAUACUUUCUAGGGUUCCGGCCACAACUCUAACCCAAUUCCGAUCUACUUGCACACGAUGGUAUGCUUUAUUCAAAGACCCUAUAUUCAUCAAGAAGAAUUUGGGUAAAGCAGAAAGGCAGGCGAUCUUAAAGACACGUUCUGGGGUUUUUUCAGUUAACGUCAAUCUCCAUGGAAGAAACAACAGCUUUGAUCCAUCCAUUGAGUUUACAGGUAAACUCAACAGUCUAAACGAUUCAGAACAGGUCAUGAUAUAUUCUAUCUUUCAGUGUGACGGUUUAUUCUUGUGCCAGACCAAAGACCAUGGACUCGUGGUUUGGAACCCUUGUACUGGUCAAACCAGGUGGAUCCAACCCAGCAGUUUUGACAGAGGGAGCGAUGAGUAUUUUCUAGGUUACGUAAACAACAAUAAAUCUUGCCAUAGCUACAAACUCUUAUGUUCUAGUUUUUUUAAAACUCGGUUUGAAAUCUAUGACUUUAAUUCUGAUUCAUGGAAAGAACUUGAUUAUGCGGGCGCUCGUUUAUCGUUUACAAGAAACUCUGGCGUAUCUUUGAAAGGAAAGAUUUACUGGCCUGCUGAGUAUGAAAAAGAAACACUCCACUCCUCCUUUCUUACUCAGGUUUGA